AGCACCUCCGAACAUGCGUCCCGGAGAGCGGCUCUGCGUCCUGCUCUGGCUGGCAUCUCUGAGCUCGGCGGCUGCAGAUUACCAAGUGAGGCACGUCCAGCAGAUUAUGCCCACAAGUGGGAGCACAAAUGGAGCAACUAAAGUCACCAUAUUUGGCCAAGGUUUUGCCCAGGCCAACCAGUUUAACUACGGCCCAGGAAAAGAGAACCUUGGGAACAGCGUCCAGAUGGUUUCAAACACACGGACAGUCCCCUGUGAUGUGGUAAAACAAGAGAGUUACUCGAAGCAAAUCACUUGUUACACCAGGAGUAUGCCUGAGGAUAACUACAUGGUACAAGUCAGCGUGGACGGAGAGCUGAUUUCAGACAAUAUAUGGUUUUAUCCCAGAGGUUAUCAGACUCCAGUGGUUCAGGCCGUCACACCUUUAACCGGAUUGCCAGGGACACUGAUUACAAUAAGAGCGAUGAUGUUUACAGAUGUAUAUGGCGGUGCGUCUCUAAAUUCCAAUGGCAACUCUGCCAAGAUUUCAAGAGUCUACAUUGGAGGAAUGCCAUGUGACCUUCUGUACCCGAAUUCUGACAAACGAUAUGGAAUUUCUCUGGACUACCAGUGGAGCCAAUGGGGCACAAUGACUUGCAGAAUAACAGGAACUUAUGUGGGCCACCAAAAUGUCAGCUUCAUUGUAGAUGGUCCAUAUGGGAGGAGUCUGUCAGACAUGGGCACCUACUUCGUUUCAUCUCUAAAUAAACUGGCGAUGUUUCAGACUUAUGCAGUGGUCACCAGCAUAUCGCCAUCAGCCGGAAGCUCAGAAGGAGGCGCUAUACUAACCAUAAAGGGCCAGUACUUUGAUCAGACGGACGCCCCUGCCAGAGUGUUAGUCGGAGGUCAGAACUGUCCCGUCCUCAGCGUAUCUGAGAGUCAGAUCACCUGCCGAAGCCCCGCUCAGCCGAAUGACAACAGGACCGUCUUUGCAGGUGGAAGGGGCCUCAAAUUGGAAGUCUGGAAUAAAACCACUCCACAAAAUCUGGAAGACAUCAUGGCGUACAAUGAGAGCACACCAGGCUAUUACACCUCAUGGCUGGAUUCGAGCUCUUACAGCUGGACUUACAACUCGGACAAUUUUGCUUUGCGCCUUAGUGGCUUCUACGUCCCAGCGGUUACCGAUGAUUACAAGUUCUACCUGAGUGGUGGUAAUCUUGGGGCUCUUUAUCUCAGCCAAACUGGGCUUCCCAAAGAUAAGGUUCAGAUUAUCUCUUCUCCAUACUGGUGGGUUUACACACAGGCUUCAAGCAACAUCCAUCUUGAGGAAGACAAAGAGUACUAUUUUGAAAUAUUAUUCCAAAAAACAUUUAACUACUACUCAAACUCUUUAAUGUUACAAAUCUAUCAAACGAAAAACUCCUUUACGCCACAGCAGACCAGAGAAGCCCAGAAUGAAGUGCAAGUCAUCGGCACCUACUACAGUUUCUUUAGUGAAGUGCAGGAAUUCUGCUUAAACAACUGGACCACACAAACCCCAAUACAGGAAGUCCAGGAGAUUGUUGUGGAGAGCCCCUGCGUCAGCUCGGGUGACUGUACGGCCAUGCAGUUCAGCCUUCUCUAUAACAAUGAAGCAACAGAACCCAUUGCUGUUGGCGCUUCGAGUGAUGAGGUUGCGAUGGCUUUAAACGCUCUGCCCUCCAUCCAGAAUGACACUGUUAGCGUGAUGAAGACGGACAGCACCAAUGGCUUCGUUUACACAGUAACGUUUAAUUCAAACCCGAGUUCCAUUUCGUUUAAGUUUGUUCCUCUCUUUCAUUUUUUCUUUGCAGGAGAUUUUGAUGUUCUACAGUACGACACAGAUGGAAAUGACAUCAACAUCGAGAUUUCUGAAAUAACCAAAGGAAGUCCCAAAUUUGACACGUUUACAUUGAUGUGGAAUGGCGUCUCCUCCAGUCCGCUGUCAGUCACUGCGACCCCUGAUGAGGUGAGAAAAGAAAUUUAUGACAUGGCUGGCACCAAAUGUCCAAGGAGCAUAAAUGGGUACACUGAAGGAGGAUCUGUAAAGUACUUUCAAGAUUUUGAAACAGACUAUAAUUCGUAUUGGUCCUAUUCUCAGGUGUCUGACAGAGAGGCCUUCUGCGGCCAUUUCAGUGCUUUGAGCCCCGGGAUCUUAUUUGAUCAGAAUCAAGUGACCAGCACUGGGCAAAAAUAUGGGCAAAUCUCACUAAAUACUCAUAAUAAGCUGUGCUUUGCAUACAAAGGAUUUCUAAAAAGCUCCAUCGGCCUGAGCUUCUCGGUUGUUAAGAAGAAGCAGACAAACAGCUAUCAGAACCAGUUUGACGUUGGAAUCGUUCAAGCAGACGAAUGGCAGUACACUUGCAUUGAUAUGCUGCAACUUUUAAUGUCUUCUUACCCUGGGACUGAUUAUAAUGUUCAGCAAAUUACACUCAACCGGCUGAGUCCAAAUCAGGAUUAUUUAAUUGACACCAUCUACAUCGGCAGCGACUACACAGUAACUAAUAUGCAAGACCUAAACCUGAGGCGCUCAGCUCUCAUCGGAAGAGGAAUCUUUCUGCAGGAUUUUUCCGUAAUUAAGAAGCAAGGCACACAGACUUCAGGGAGCUGUUACAGUGUCACCCUAUUUCCAACGAACUGUGGAUAUGACUUGCCCUUGCUUGGAAUUAGAUUUGCCCAGAAUAUUUCAGGUGAUGGUGAGAAUGAAGUUGUCUAUCAAGGGUCCAACUGGAAUAACCUGACUACAUUCACGGUGAAAAGAGUCCAGGCGGCGUCAUCUCCAAUCAUGGGCUCCUUUGGUGUCAGCAUCUAUGGACAAAAAAUUAACAAUCUCCCAGUGAACAUUUCAGCUGCCAAUCUGAAGUACGCCCUGGAGCGCAUCCCAGGUAUGGGACAAUUAGAUAUCUCAAGAUGGGGCGACUGUCGAGGGUACGGGUGGAGAGUGACUUGGCUGAGUGCUCCUGGUAACCAACCUGUCCUCCAGAUUAACAGCACCUCAGUCAUUGGGAAGAACGCCAAUCUGUACGUUUAUACUGAAAGAGAUGGAGGCUUAUUUAAGCAGAAUAUUUUAGGAGAUUUCUUCCGUGUGCCUCAGCAAAAGCCUCAGGUUCAAGUUUAUAUCAAUAACAUCAUCUCUAUGUGUUCGGGUAAUUGUUCUUAUCAAUGGGAUCCACUGAAGACUCCGGUUAUAUCUGGAAUAAGCCCCAUGACAGGAUUUUCAGCAUCAGAUACCAUUCUGACGGUGACAGGUUCCAAGUUUACAAGUCAAUCAGCCAAUGGGAAGCCAUCUGUUUCUGUUGGCAGCCGUGCCUGUGUCAUUGUCACUUUAAGUGACACUCAGAUCACCUGCAGUAUUGGAAAUACAACCUCUGGCUCGGCUCCGGUCAUAGUCUACAUGCCCGGGUGUUGGUUCACAUUUGCACCUUCGUCUGGCAGCACAGCAGGCGGGAUUGUGCUCACGAUAUCAGGCUAUGGAUUCAGUGAAAACUCCGCCGUCAGGAUCAAUAAUAAGCUUUGCCCCGUCUUGAGUGUAAACCUGAACCGCCUUCAGUGCACGACUCCUGCGGUAAGUCAACUGCUUGACGUGAUGCGCUCUUUCAGGUCCCUCAACUUGGACUUUUUCCUCAUUGAGAUGCAGCACUUCAAAAGAGCCAAUCUCACAAUUUCAGGAAGCAAUUUCAAGACCUGGGACCUCCAAAGCUCGGUGUUGAUCGACAAUGCAGAGUGCAGCAUAAUGAAAUGGACAGAUUCUCAAAUUAUUUGCUUACUACCAGUCCUCCGACCAGGGGUGCAUAAUAUCCAAGUAAAAGUCAAAAACUGGGGAUUUGCCAGCGCCAGCUCUAACGUCGUGACCACCAUUGAGUAUGUCCUACAAGUCACCAGCGUACGGCCACUUAAUGGCUCCCUCUAUGGCGGCACCAAGCUGACUCUCACUGGGUCGGGGUUCGGCACAAAUCCUGAUGACAUCCAAGUUUUAUUAGGACAACGGGGAUGCAGUGUCACCGCCAUGGCCCAGGAUCGGCUGGAGUGUGUGGUGCAGGCACCUGGAAAAGUGUACACGGUGACCAACCUGGGCACAGAUCAAGUCAGAGGUAUCGGCUACGCUUGGGCUCCAUCGUCUUUGGAUGUCUUUGUUGGAGACAAAGUUCAAUGGCAGUGGCAGGCCCAGUCAUUCAUUGGUGGCAUUGGCUACCAGGUUUUCAGCGUCUCCAAUCCUGGUGACACCACCUUUGGCGGCCAAGGAUUUAACAGCGGGCCAAGCAGGACUCCAUCAGGAUUUUUCACGUAUGAGUUUACUGUCCCUGGCGUAUAUUACUACAGCAGUGGCUAUAUAGAUAACGCUCAAACUAUAGCCAUGCAAGGAGUGGUCACCGUUAAUCCCCUACCAGAUGACCAGGAAAAUAUUUUUAUCUCAGUCCUUGAAAUAGAAGCAAACUACCAACCAAGUUCCUCUCCUUUUCCAAUGGAGGUCGGUAAUUGCACUGCUGAGCCCCUGGACUGCAGUCUGCCUUCCUUUUCCAAUUCAAGUGCGGACGCCUUCAUAUUCCAGUUUUCCAGCUGUGUGUCUCCGACAGUUACUGCCAUCAGGCCCCCCAGAGGAACAAUCCAUGAUGUGUUAAACAUUGAGGGAACGGGAUUCAGCAGCUCCGCCUGUGCCAAUGAAGUCACCAUUGGAGGUCACCCAUGUGAGGUUAUCAACAGCACAUUCACAGAAAUCAACUGUUAUGUCAAUCCAGAAGACAUUCUUCCAGUGGGUUUUGCAGAACUUGUGUCCGUGACUGUGAAUAACCGGGGCAAUGCCAUCAGCACAAUCGUCAAUGAGUUUGAUCGUCGAUUCGUUUUGUUACCAACUGUCGAUUCAAUCAGCCCCAGUGUGGGGUCCACCACAGGAAACACAAGGGUGACGAUACUCGGAUCCGGGUUUUCAGGCUCCGUGAGCAUCACUGUGGUCGGCAUGCCCUGCUCCAUUGUGUCAUUCAGCUACACAAGUAUCAUCUGUGAUACGGCGCCCUCUGCUGAAAGAGCAGGGAACGUUCAGCUAUCAGUGAAUGGCAUCCCCGCUGCCUGCUAUUCGGACUGCAGGUUCCAUUACACAGAUUCCUCCCUUCCUCAGGUAGACAGCGUCUCACCGGACACAGUAGACAGCAGCUCUACAGUCCUUUCUAUUAACGGAACAGGCUUUGGGAGCGACCCAGACAACGUGCUCAUUUUAAUUGGAGACUUCACCUUUCAUCCAAGUCAGGUCACAGAAACAGAAAUCACCUGCCCCAUUGGGCCACUGCCUGCUGGAAGUUACAUUUUAAAUGUUGUGGUGAUGAGCAAAGGCCUAGCCACUGGAAACAUCGCCAUAUCCAGCCUUGCAACUGCCACGCUGUCACCGAAUUCUGGAAGUUUCCUCGGUGGGACGACACUCCUCAUUACCGGGAAUGGGUUUUACCCUGGCUACACCACAGUGACUGUAGGGGGCAUCCCCUGUGCCAUCACUAAUAUAACAACGAGUGAAGUGAAAUGUACAACCGCGGCCAACAACCGAGGAAACGCAUCUGUGAACAUCCAAGUCCUGUCAACCGUCUACCCGCCGUUAUACUUCAUGUACUCUGUGGACAGCACUCCGGUGAUCAGCUCAGUGGACCCAUCAACAGGAUCAAGUGGAAUGACCAUUUCCAUCUCUGGCUCUGGGUUUGGCACAGUGGCAGAUGACAUUGUUGUGACCAUCGGUGGCGCUCCAUGUGCUGUUAUAGAAGUUAAUGACACUGAAGUCCAGUGCAUUUUGGGCAGCCAUUCGGGAGGCUCCUUUGCAAUCACACUUCUCCACGUGAUGAAGGGAUACGCCACGUCAAGCGUUUCCUUCAUCUAUAAACUCGACCUGAAAUCCGUCACCCCAAGUCAAGGAAGCUUUGGAGGCGGAGCCAUUCUGCAGUUGAGCGGCGAUGGAUUUGACGAGCAGCUGUCGGCCGUCUUUGUGUGUAACACUUCAUGCGUCGUGGACACGCUCAGGUCUUCGUCCACCACUCUGUACUGCGAGGUGCCACUUUCUAAUGGCACAGGAUCGAGCCAGGUUUGUGACGUGACAGUUUCCAUUGGCAAUAAUUUGGUGACCUUGUCAAAUGCCUUCACUUACGAGUCAUUGCUGACCCCUGUGGUUACCGCAGUGACUCCAAGAAGAGGUGGCACUGGAGGCGGCACAAGUCUCACCAUCAGUGGCUCUGGAUUUGGUUCUGACAUUGAUAAAGUCAUGGUCACUAUCGCCAGAACACCCUGUAAUGUAACAUACGUAAAUGAAACGGAGAUCAUCUGCAUCACUGAUGCCCAACCACAGUCUCAGAGAACUAAAGUUAAGGUGAACGUCGGCGGCAAUGGAAUCGCAAAACUGGACAACGCUGAUUUCUUUUACAUUGAUGUCUGGUCCUCUCCAUACACAUGGGGUGGAGAAACGCCACCGGACGACGGAUCUUUUGCUGUCAUUACACCGGGGCAGACCAUCUUACUGGACACCAGCACAGCCGUCCUAAAAAUGCUUCUCAUUCAAGGUGGAACCCUGGUGUUUGAUGAGGUAGACCUCGAGCUGAAUGCUGAAAACAUCCUAAUUGUGGAUGGAGGCACACUGCAGGUUGGAACUGAACAAGCGCCGUUUCAGCACAAGGCGAUCAUCACCCUGCAUGGCCACCUGCGCUCUCCUGAACUGCCGCUCUACGGGGCCAAGACGCUGGCCGUCAGAGAAGGGACGCUGGACCUCCACGGUACACCCGUUCCAUUCACUUGGACCCGACUGGCUGAAACCGCAGAGGCCGGCUCGACCAUCGUGGAGCUCCAGAAUCCCGUGACAUGGAAAGCUGGUGAUGAAAUUGUCAUUGCAUCCACCGGAGACAGGCUGAGCCAGAAUGAAAACGAGCUGAUGGUAAUUGAGUCCAUAUCCUCAGAUGGAACAACGGUGAAUCUGACCAACCCCCUCAUGUAUACACAUUUAGGAGUUUCUGUCAGAACACCAGACGGACAACACUUUGAAGCGAGAGCAGAAGUUGGACUUUUAACUCGUAACGUUGUCAUCCGAGGCUCCGAAAAUGUUGAGUGGGAAGACAACAUGCCAGCCUGUCCUGAUGGAUUUGAUCCUGGUGAAUUUGCUGUGCAGACCUGUUUUCAGGGAAGAUACGGUGACCAAGUUGGCAGUGACCAGUUUGGUGGGUGCAUCAUGUUCAGCACACCUCAGCCUAAUCAGAUCUCAGCCAUUGGCCGAAUUGAAUAUGUGGAAGUAUUUCAUGCUGGACAAGCCUUCAGACUUGGGCGUUACCCCAUAAACUGGCACCUCAUGGGAGACCUUAAGUUCACCUCUUACGUCAGAGGCUGCAGCAUUCACCAGACGUACAACAGAGCAGUCGCUAUGUACAAGACCUCUAAUCUCUUAGUCGAGAGAAACGUCAUCUACGACAUCAUGGGAGGCGCGCUUAUCUUUGAAGAUGGCAGCGAGACAGGAAAUGUCCUUCAGUACAACCUGGCAGUGUUUGUGAUGCAGAGUACCAGUCUCUUAAAUGAUGAUAUCACACCGGCUGCCUUCUGGAUAAGCAAUCCCAACAACACAAUUCGGCACAACGCAGUAGCUGGAGGAAGUCAUAUUGGCUUCUGGUAUCGACUUCAAGACAGCGUCACUGGAGAACUGCAUGACGCUAACAUUUGUGAGAAGAAUGAGAUACUAGGACAGUUUUAUAACAACUCUGUUCACUCUCAAGGCUGGUAUGGAUUGUGGAUUUUUGAACAAUAUUACCCAAUGCAGCAAGGGUACUGCAACUGGUAUAACCCCCAGCCGGCUGUUUUUGACUCUCUGACGACUUGGAAUUGUCUGAAAGGAGCCGAGUGGCUCAACGCCGGAGCGCUGCAGUUCAAGAAUUUCCUGAUGGUGAAUAACGAACUUGCUGGAAUUGAAAUGAAACGACUUCAAACUAACUAUGUUAGAGGCUGGGGUGAAGCGGGUGGUGCCAUGAUCAUCAAUUCCACUGUGAUUGGUCAUUUGGAUGAACUCGGCCUUCUGCCCGGCAACUGCACUCAGAGGGGAAUUGUACUUCCAUUAGAUGACGGACUGACCGUCGCAGGAAUUAAAUUUAUCAACUUUGACCGCUCGAGCUGUGCUGCCAUGGGCUUAUCAGCGGUUGAUUCAAGUUGUGGCUACACCAGCUGUGGAGGCUGGAGAGUUAAAUUUAGUGGAGUUCAGUAUUUUAAUACCACCAACAAGGCCGGCUUCACAAGGGAGCAUGAAGCAGCUCUGAUGGACACUGACGGGUCUCUUUCAGGACAUGCUAAUAACACGGUGAUACCUUACAGCGCCCUGCUAGACCCUUCUCACUGUCAGCUUCAAGUGCCGGAGUGGAGCGCGGGCUACAGUGGCUCAGUCUGUGACUCCACCGUCUCCUUCCAUCGCUUGAACAUUUUGGCAUAUUGGUAUUUAUCAGGGCCAGUGCUCCUGUCCGACUCCUUUGGUACCAGUAUAGUUUAUGGCAUGGCACUCAUUCCUGAUGGGCAAACCUUUAACUGGACCUUUCAGAAUUUCCCCGUUUUAGGACCCACCAACACCUUGUUGUAUGGGGCGACGUUCUCUGGAUUUAAGGAAUCCAGUUUUGUCAUCAUCAGACACCAAAGUGCCCAGAAUUAUGAAGGCUAUAACAUCGUCGAUAACAGGAAUGGGCUGAGCCAGCCUUUGAACCAGAGCAGUAUGAAUGGAGACUGGUACUUUGACAACAACACAUCCACCGUGGAAUACAUAAUUUCAGGAAAUAAAAACCCAUGGUACUGGUAUGGCUCAAAUUUGGAUCCUUCGGAAAAGAUCAUGUAUGUGUACUUCAUAAUUUAUCAAUGCUACUUCACAAGCUGUUACUCAGGAGGAGGAGGAGGAGGGAGCGGAGGAGGAGGUGUGGUGACGAACACAACAGCCCCACCCCCAAGAACGAGUGGAAUUACCCUUUGGUCCAACACUACUUUCUGGUUGACUUCAGCAGAAAACAAUUAUGCCGUACCAGUAGAUGGUUCCAGUGUGGUGAUUCCGAGAGGAUGGUUGGUGGUAAUCGACAUUGACAUCCCCACGCUAAGCAGACUGAGUAUCUACGGCACACUGGAAGUGCCAACCAACAUGUCGAAAUACGCAUUGUGGGCUACAAAUGCAACGCUGCCAGAUAACAACAACAGGACCGUCAUCAUCAGGACCACCUACCUGCAUAUUCAGGGUGGUACGUUGCUUGUGGGUCAACCAGAUGAACCGUUUCAAGGUGAACUUCAGAUCAUUUUUAGAGGAAACAUGAUGACACCAGACUGGCUUUUGCCAGAAGGCUUUUACCUUGCAGCAAAGGUUCUGGAGGUUUUGGGAACCCUCGACCUCCAUGGCAAGCCUCACUCCAUAUACCGGACAAAACUGGCAAUGACAGCAGAUGCCGGAUCCACAUCGAUUUCUCUGGCUGACGCAGUCGAUUGGCAGGUCGGAGAUGACAUUUUGAUUACCACAACCAGCUACGACCCCAGGCAGGCCGAAACAAGGCAGAUCGUCGCCAUUUCAGAGGAUAUGAAGACCCUGAUCCUCAACGAUUCACUCUCCUAUGCACACAUCGCUGAAACCUACUAUAUCAAUGAAACAAAUCAGCAGUAUACCCUGGCAGCGGACGUCGGACUUCUCAGUCGAAACAUCAAGAUCAUUAGUGAAGAUUACCCGGGCUGGUACCAGGAGUCGUAUGGGGCCAGAGUGCUCAUUCGCUCAGGAGCCGCGAGACUCAGCAAUGUUGAGUUCUAUCACACGGGACAGAAUGGCUACGUAUCCAACAGUGACCCCCGAUACUCAGUGGUUUUCAUGAACAUGGGGGAGAUUUCUGAAGAUAUUACAUCUUACAUCCAAGGCUGCUCUUUCCACCAAGGGUUUUCACCAGCUAUUGGCAUAUUAGGAACCAACAAACUGAGUGUGGACGACAACAUCAUUUAUUUCACUGUCGGCCAAGGUAUUCUUGAUUCUGGAAUUGGGAGCAAAAUUCGGAGAAACCUUGUGGCCUUGACUGUGUGGCCGGGAUCAUUCCAGGGAAAAAAGACAGCGACUUACACCCUGUGGCAUGCAGCCAUUGAGAUUAACCAGGGAGCCGACACUGUGCUGCAGGACAACAUUGUGAGCGGUUUUGAGAGAAGCGGAUAUCGCAUUAAUGGAGAGCCGUGUCCAGGUACUUUCAAUCCAGCUGAGACCUGGAGCAACAAUGAGGCCCACGGAGGCCUGUAUGGGGUCUACUUGAAUGGAGACGGCCUACCAGAUUGCACCUUCAUCCAAGGAUUCACUGUCUGGAAAUGCUGGGAUUAUGGAAUUUACUUCCAGACAUACAUGAAUGUGCAGAUUUCCAACGUAACGUUAGUGGACAAUGGAAUGGGCAUCAUGCCUAUGAGUUACACUCCACCCUCCGUGUCUCAUCAAUAUUCUAAUAGGACCAUACAGAUCGAGAACUCCCUAUUUGUGGGAAGCAGUCCAGACUUUAAUUGUUCAGAUGUUCUUACAACCAGUAAUAUAAAUAUUCAGUACACAUCGGGACAGAGGAGCCCAAGGCCACUUCAAGGUGGCAGAAGUGCAGUUGGUUGGCCGACUUUUGCCUCACAGCAUAAUGGAGCGCCUGCUACGCCUCAUGCUGGCUUGACAAGCUACACUGCUAUCAAUGGACUUGUGACAAUUAAAGACUCUACGUUUGCUGGCUUUAGAAAUGUCUGUUCUGGACAGAUAAACGUCAUGUUCAUUACCAAUCCUAACAACGAGGACCUGCAGCAUCCAAUACACGUAAUGGGGAUUCAAGUCAUCAGCAGCACUGAAAACGCCUUCGCCUUCAUACACCGACCUGACCUCAGUCUGGUGAACCCCUCUAAGUGCGUUGAUUUGACUUGUGAUGCGAAAAGGAAAACCCUGCUGAAAGACCUGGACGGAUCCUUACUGGGCCAGAGUGGGACAGUCGUUCCCCAGUCUGAGUACCAGUGGGCCGGCGAUACCCGCUAUGGUCUUGGGGACUACAGAAUUCCAAAAGUCAUGCUGACCUACCUGAAUGGCAGUCGGAUUCCCAUUAAUGAAAUCGCACCAAAUAAAGGUGUCAUCAGAGACUCUAACUGCACUUACAUGCCAAGCUGGCAAAGCUACAAGUGCUUCACUCUCGACUACGAGAUGCUGGUGAUCGAAAGUCUAGACAGCGACACGGAGACCCGGCGACUCUCUCCGGUGGCAGUGCUUGCGGACGGCUAUGUGGACCUCCUCAAUGGUCCCGCAGACCACAGCUGGUGUACGGGCUACAGCUGUCGCCGAAGGCUUUCGACGUUCCACACCAUUGUGGCGGCCAACAAAUCCUUUUCGGUUUACUUCACAAGCACAUCUCCCCAGUCUCUUCGAUUGAUGCUGCUAAAUGCUGACAACUCCAAGGCUGUGCGUGUAGCAAUAUUUUACUCGAAUCCUCAGCGCUUAGACGUUUAUGCCAAUGAUCUACUGGUUGCUCCGACAAAUGCAGUAUGGAACAGCGAUCACUCUGAUUACACUCUCAGCUCCCCGACUUAUCCUGAUCAGUUUGUUCCUCAAAUGAAUUCCACGAUUUUUGGAUCGAAUUACUUUGACAGCGACUACAAAAUGCUAAAUAUUUUAGUCCGAGGCUCGACUCCCAUUGUGGUCCGCACGUCACCACUUCUGUUCAUUUCAUUCAAUAUGCCCUUCAUGACUGUUGAUGAAUUUUUUGGUCCAAACCUCAUCAAAAACUUAGCUGCCUUCCUGAAGAUCCCUGCAACCAAGAUACGCAUCACCAAAAUAGUCCGAGCGAGCAGCCGGAGAAAGCGUGAAGCUGGGAUGAACGUGGAGGUGCAGAUAGCAGAGCCGCCGAGUCAACAGGUCACUCAGACACCAGCUGCAGGGCAGCUACAAGUUCAGGAUCUGGUAAAGAUUGCGGAUACCAUUGGACAGCUAGCCAUUGCUGGAAACCUCAGUGCAGCAGUUGGGGUUAACGUCACAUCUGUUGGCAUCGUAAAGCCACAACCAAGUCCAGGUGACCCUGCAUGGGCUGAGAUGGCAUCUGCUCCAGUGACGACAAGAGACAAUUCAAAUACAAGUUAUGUGUCGACUGUGACCAGUCUGGUGAUUGUCAAGGAGCCGAUCGUGGGACAGCAAGGAGGUCUACUGAUUCAGCAGCCAUCCAUUAUGGCCGUGGACCAGAAAGGUGCCUGUGUGUCUGUCGGAGUGACGUCCUUUGUCCUGACAGCAACCUUGAGAAACCAAAGUAACCAGGACAUUACUGGUCUCGAAGGGAACACCACAAUCUCAUUUUCAAAUUGCUGGGCAAACUACACGGACCUUUUCCUCACAGUCAAAGGACAGAGUGUGAUAAUGGUCUUCACGAUGAACAACAUCAAGUCGAUGUCCAGAUCCCUCUCAACUGAUGCUGCGAGCCCUUUGGCAACCAGCAGCAGCACAACGAGCACCACGACCAGCACAGUGCCGAGCGGCUCCAGCUUGCCAUUGAGCAGCUCCAGCUUGCCACUGAGCGGCUCCAGCCCGCCGUUGAGACCCUGGCCCGCGUUCAUCGCUGCUCUUCUGGGUCUGCUCCACUUCCUGUUGUUCAAAGGAUAAAUGGCCUGGCAGACUUAAGAAAGACGUAUCGUUAUCGUUUAUCUGUGCAGGCGUUAUUGAAUGAUUUCUUAAAUAUAUCCAUUAUUUUAUACAUUUUUGCUUCCUGCCUAGUGAUAAAUAUUAUAUUUGUGUGAAUGCUUACUGCACAUGGGCACACUAAUCAUUUGUGUAAUGUACUUGAUUCUUCUUCCUGAUCUGAAAAUGAUUUGUGCUUUGUGAAUCUGAAUGCACUUUAAUAAAUCUGUUUAUGCUGA